GCCUUCAUGGCCCUAUACUUGUGAGUGUCAGUCGACGGUGAAAUUCCUACUGCUCGGAUAAGCAGUUUACAUAUGUAUAAAUUCGACACAGACAUGAAUUUUCCUGUGGUUUAAAGUCGAAUUACGGCUUAUCUCUGAGCCUAACGUACAAGUGUCUUAUUCAUGUCUUGUAGUAGAUUUAUAGGUGCAGUCAAAUGUCAUGUGUUUCAGUGCAUAGGUAAAACUAUCACAUGAUAGCUCGGCGUCUCUGAGCAGAAGGCAGCAGCAGCAGCAGCAGCAGCAGCGGGGCUUCAUGUAAACACUCCGCACACAGGGCUUUGUUUCACACACACACUCACACACACACGCUCUUCGCAGGCUUCUCCCUUCUUCUAGUCAUGCCAUGGAUAUUUUGUGGCAAUACCAGUUCAGGAUAAUUUUACUCGGAGAUUCCACGGUGGGGAAAUCGUCGUUGCUGAAGCGCUUCACGGACGGAAUUUACAGCGAUGUGGCGGAUCCAACGGUCGGGGUAGAUUUUUAUGCCCGCUCGCUCGAUAUCGAGCCCGGGGUAAAAAUAAAGCUGCAGCUCUGGGACACGGCUGGCCAGGAAAGAUUCAGGUAAAUAUAAACGUGGGCUGAAUAGAACGAGUCAAAUGUGGCGAUCAUUCACUCAAAAUGAGAGAUUUGGUGUUGAAUAAUGUAGAGGCCUUAGCUUGCUCGUUUCGUGUCUGGUUUAUAUAAAAUGAAGCCCUUUAAAUUGAAUUAAGGCCAUUUCCUCUGAUGUAAUGAAGUGAGUGUAGACUGUGUGGAAAGACGAUUAUAUUGACCUCGAUCUGUCGAUGCCCUCGCCUUUAAAACAAGUGAGAAAAUGGAGUUGCAUCACUGCCUUCAUUCACGGAUGGAUGAUGGGCAGCCUCCUCAUAUUUAGGCCCCAGAUUGGCUCCCUAGUCCUGACUCCACCGUCUCCAGGGCAACAAAAUGAUAACUCUUUACCCAAAUCUGGUGUUUAGGAUUUACCCAGCUAUCCUGUUGCUUGCUCCGUUUCAUGUGUCCUAGCUGUCAUGGAUAAUUUCCUUUCAGGCACUCCUGUGUCUAGAGGAGCAGCUCUGCUCUCAGAUCUGCUUUCUCGUUUGAAGCCAAAGCAUCAGAGGGUGUUUUCCUAACAAGCUUCACUACACAAGUCUUUCACUUCUGUCUGAAUCGAGCACAAGGAGUGUUUGUGAGCUCAGGCAGCAACACCAAAUCAAUGCUGUGCAAUAUAAUAUGAUUUAUUGCCAGACUUAGGCCAGUGGGACAAUAUGUUAAGGGUCUUUGAGCCUUUAGGGGACCAAAUGUUUUGCUUUGUGGUAUCUGGAGUACAGCAUCAACAUACCAGGCCGAGGUAUUUCCCAAAGUUACAUGAACUAAUCAAAGUGUGGAUUGUAGACAGUGGGUCACCUGGCUGUUGAGUGCUUGUAGAGCACAGGUCACAGUUCACAGGUCACGAUUCCAGACUAGAUAAACAACAAACAAACAGAUAGCUGGGGAACAACGAGAGGAUGACCCUAUAUAACAGGAUUACAAACUGUGGUCAGGGAGAGCUGGACAUCAUUGGCAGUCCUCUCCCAGCAACUACAGUGCUGUUCUGAUACUGGUUUUGUCUUUAUAAUAAACUCCUCUUAUACAAGCAAGCCAGUGUCACGAAGCCUCCUUCUGCAUCUACACAUCGAGGACAGCCCAGACACAACAGCUUCUUUGCUGUUUUUGGUAUCUUUAAUCAAACACAACAACUCAGCUUUAAUGAGGUUGUCGAAGUGCAAACUGCUUAACAAAAAAUUUACAGAGACAGAAGUUGACAUGUUCUGUAUUGAACCCUCUAGUUAGUCAUAGCUUUCUUGUUUUCUGCAACAUAAGUGACCAUAUGCAUUAUAACACAUACGCUGCUAUAUCCACACAGUAAAAAUUAACUAAAUGUAAUGAAAAGACACUGUUUGUCUGUAGCUUCCAUUUCUUGUACAUGGUCGAUGUCCAAAUUUUCACCUUGUGUCAAAUAGAGUUGGAUAUCAUUAUUAGUAAAUUUACAUUCUACUGUGCAAACAGCCACACCAUGCACACAGGUACGGGGCAAAGUGCCAACAACCGCAUUUUCUAGUUGCAGUUUGUUCAGUGCAUGGUGUUAAGGCCAGAGAUUCAACACGUUUAAGUACAUUACCGUGUAUAUUACUAACACAAAGUCUGGUUCCUGCUUCUACAUCAAAUCUGUGCCAUAGCAUAUAGGUUCACAUAACAUUGUAUCUACAGCGUGAGUCUAAACAUGCAGCCUAGUGUGCACCUCCCAAAGAUUUUACUUACAUGUCAAAACAACACAGACUGCAAGCCCUGCGAUAAGUCUGCCAGAGCAGCAUCGUAUUUCCAGUAUUUAAAUAUUACUGGCAGAACAAGCACAAAAAUUACCCUGUGCUAUGGUCCUGCCCAUUCAAGGGCUUUACGUCCUCUCAGCUCUUAUUUUUCUUUGCAGUUAUUUCAAUAUGAUCAAUUCUGAGUCUCACUGACAGAUUUCUGGAUCGGCUUAAAAGACUGAAUAUGACUGGACAGGGCACACCCUCAGAAGUAGCCUCAGUCAGUUUUCUCAUCUCAGAUUUGUAUCCAUUUCAUUCAGGAGGUUUGAAAUAUCUCUCUCCAGCUAUUUAAAGUCAUGUUUGUCUCUGUGAGGUGCCAGUGACACAUCAUUUGGAUUUGGAUGAUUUCAGACUUAAUCUAUCGCCUUCUGCCACCGUUUCCCUUACUGUUAUCAUGACUAACACAUCCUGUCUGCCUCUGCACUACCCUACAGUUAUCACGUGCAUACUGUAUCUUGUGCUCACAUUUUGAGUAAUUUUUGAGGACAGUCACAACCGUCACGCCAAACAGCCUCAGCAAGUUUAUUUCGGGCCUUAUCACGCUUGAUUUCAUCAGUUUUGGAGCCCCUUGAAAAUGUGCUGUGGAAAAUAUGAAUGACUUUUUCAUCAGCAUGCUGUCAAUUGUUCAUUCUGAUACCUACACCCCUCACAGCGGUUUCACAUAAUACAUAUUAAAACUUGAACACAUCAGUCUUGUUGCAGAUGCUAUUGUUUAGGGUUAGGAUAUACAGAAAACAAAGACAUACAGACUUGAAACCACUUUGAAAUUUGGCCACUAACAGCCAAGAAUACAAAAAUGAAACUUAGCAUUAAGAUAGCCAUGAGACUUAUGCCUUCAAAUGCUAAUAUGUCGUUCAUUUCUCCACCCAACAGGUCCAUCACAACAUCAUACUACCGUAACUCUGUGGGUGGGCUGCUAGUCUUUGAUCUCACCAAUCGCAAGACCUUUGACCAUGUGAGGGAGUGGCACAAAGAGGUGAGUGAGCACAUCCUGCCUCACCACAUGGUCUACAUCCUUAUUGGCCACAAGAGCGACCUCAACAAGGACCGCAAAGUGAGCCGGGACGAGGCCGAGCAGCUGGCGGCCGAGCUCGGCAUCCGUUACGUGGAGACAUCGGCCAAGUGCAACAGCAACGUGGACCGGGCCUUCGAGCUGCUGACCAGAGACAUCUACGAGCUGAUGAAGAUGGGGGAGAUUGUCACUCGCGAUGGGUGGGAUGGAGUGAAGAGUGGCCUCACUGCCAAGGUCCUCUACCCGGAGGAUGAAGAGGAGCUAGCUACUGCAACAGCUGAGAAGGGCUGCCACUGCUGACUGUGAACUCUUUUUGUCCCCACACUGUCCUGUCACACCAAGAGCUCACCUCGCCUCACAGCUGUCCAUUGAAACCAAGUCACUCAGGCUCCUGAAAUCACCAUUCGUCACCUCCUCACUUUGUGCUUCAUGCCCUCUGUCGGUUCCUCUCACGACUGGGAUUGUUUCUAACAUGAGGGCCACUGUACAUCCUGAUGUGUAUCUUUUAGGCAAGCUGUAUCUAUAAAUCCAUGUGGUGUAGCCAGAGACAGCCUGUUUGGACCUCGUUUGGUCUACGCAGAGGUGAUUAAGUCUUUGACUUUGCCUAGAGCAUAGCCAACACUCCCUUUCCCAACUUGGAGUUCCCAACAUGGACUACAGAGCAUACCAGAAGAGCAAACCUGUCAUUGGACUAUGACUUCCUAUCGUCUGACGUAUGUUGUGGGUUUCUACCUGUCAAAGUGUGUGCAAUGCUUUCCCUGCAUUUUUUGUGACUGUAAAAUUGUAAAUAAUAGUGAAAUCUAUAGAGAUAAAAGCUAACAGGUCACUAUUUAAAUAAUAAUGUGAACAGACACAGUGCACUCUUAAAUAAGUGUCACCAUGUUAAUCAAUGUGCUCCUACUGCUACUGUAAGCUACGUGUGCACUAACGCCAAACUGACUCUGAUCAUUCUGUGAAUAGAUGAUUAUUGUUUUUGUAAAGAAUAUAGAUAAUUCUAGUUUAGGUGUGUGCAAAAACAUAGGCAUUUGUAAUUGAAGUAGGUGGUCCCAUCUAGAUCAUUGUACGAUAGCACGAACAAGAGCAAGACAAACAUACAGCACGUAUGUAGUCAGUCAUUUGCAGACUUUCUCAGCAGCAGUGAUGAGGAUCUGUUUGAUUACGAUGGAAGGGAGUUUAAAUUUCACCUGCAGCUGUUUGUUUCUGAUACAAGCAGCUGUUUCUCUGUUCAACGCUCAAUUCACAAAAGAAAUAUUUAAUUCAGAUUUGAGCCGGCGCCAGCUCAUUAAAUCUAAUCAUGUGGAUAGUUGCUGCUUUUGUGGGAUUCUUAGCUGUGUUCCAGAGGUGUCAGUGGGAAAUUUGGGUUAAAUUCUGUAUGGAGGAAAAUCUGUUAAGUAUUUCUUUUAUCAUGGAUUUUACACCCCUCCAAAUCCACCAGAGUCUCAGCAGACCACAGUUUUAAGGGCCAGUAUCCUGGAUUAGGUUUGGAUGGAUCACAUGUCUUUGCCCCUUUCACUCAUGCUUCCCGGUGCACUUUCCUGCCUAAUAAAGUGCAGGGGUCUAGAUGAAUAGUCAGGAAAUAUCUUCAUAUUUUUCUCUUAGCCAUUUCACAAGUGUAUUUUGUUUUGAAGUUACCUUAGAAAUAAGAUCAGAACGAGGUAAAUAGGUAGUUUGAAUCCCUCUAUAGUUUAUAUACAUGCACAGCUAGCUAUUCACCAUUUUAGAGCAUAUAGGAGUUAGGGUUUAAGCAGUUGCUUUUGCUUAUCUGUGUUGCCUCACAGCAGUAAACGAGGAAAUUUUAACCAGAAAUAAAGGAAAUUUUAAAAAAUCGAGCCCAGAAAUCAAUUAGGUUAGCAACCAGAAAUGCUGACCCUCCAGCUAGCGCAUAGAGUGUACAAAUCAUGGACUUGUGACACACAAUGGUUUCAACAUGGCGCCUGAUGAUGGCAGGCGUCAUGUUGAAAAUACUCACACAAACCAACAUUUAGUCAAUCAAGAAACAAAAAAAGAAGUGGAGCUUAGGUGGGCUCUGGGUAAACAGGGACAACGCACCCACCUGCCAAUCAACUCAGUUUCCUAUUUAUGCAAAAGUAUGUAAAACUAUUGCCAUUUAUUUUAUUCAAAUCCAUUUUUCAGAUCCUGACUAUAAUCACUUUUAGUUGUGAAGCGAAAAUUGGCAUUUUAACAUAGGACCAAAUGGGACCAAAUGGGAACUCGUUGUUUUUUUGGAGACAGCCUCAAGUGGACACUUAAGGAACUGCAGUUCUGCAUACUUCUACAUUGGUUUCACUUUUCAGCAGGUCACAGCUUGACCCUACAGUUAGCAACUUGCAGAAUUUUAAGUGAUUACAGGCAGUUUUCAAAAAAACGCAAAAUUUGUUAAGUAAUUAAGCUAGCGUGCAGGACAGGUCAUGUAAUUUAAUCAUCUUGAAUAUGCUGAUAAAAUAAUGUACAUUAUUUGUCAUUGCAAAGCCACCAACUGGCAUAUGUAUGACUUUCAAUGCAGUUAUAAACAAGACAAAACUAUGGUAGAUGUUUGGAUAGCAUGCACUUUGCUCUGCUUCAUCCUCUUUAAAUUUGGCACCAUCAUCGAUAAGCAGAUAUGAAAGUAAUAUCAAUUAUUUAUUACCUUACUUGUCAUCUGUAUAGUGAGCUACGUCCUGUACACCAGUGCAAUCAAUUUACCUUUAUGAAAUUUUAAUUAGAGGUUUUCCGUUUUGUUAUGGCAUCUUACUGGGAAAAUGAAGCAUGAAGGAUACUUUGUCAGGCCGACCACCUUGUCUCACUUUUCACCCUCAUUCUUGUCAUUCUCUUCAAGAAAACACUAGCAUACUAUCAGGCAAAUGAGCCUUGUGGAGUGCUCACAGACAUAAAAAAAAAAAGACUAAAAAAAGAAACUGUCACUCUUAAAACUGUCUCAUUUUCUAUUGGACGUCACAAAGUGGCAUCAGUAUUAGUUUAAGUCAGUUUCAAGACCAGUUAAAACUCACUGGAGCUGUAGGGAGUUUGAGGCAUAAACUAAGAACAUACUAUUGACAUAACUUCAGCUUUUCUUGGAGAGGGAUUGUUGGUAUUUGCAGACUUGUGACACUAAUUAGACCAGCUGUGAAAGCUUGUGAUGGUCAGCAGUAAGCUACUUUCAUGACGAUUACAUGUCUGUGCACGCAUAAGAGUUAUAGCUGUUACUAGCUUGGCACAAAGUGUCGUGUAUGUUUCAGUGUUAGAGUUUUGACUGUGAAAGCUGGUAAUCUGUUCUUGUAUGGAGCAUACAUUAAAAAACACUUUGCUUUGGAACUCACCUCACUCAUUCACCUCUCACCAGCAUCUCACCAAAUAAAAUACAACUGUUCACUUACAUGUAAACAACAAGAGAUUAUGCAUUUUGUAGAUUUUACUUUGCGAUCAUGCGACCAAACUGACAUUUUUUUUUUCUUUGACGUUGUUGGCAGUAUCAGAGAUGUAGAAGAUGUACAAAUGUGGCUGCUGCUUUGUAUAUGAUGAGGAAUGUAUUCUUAUAUGUGUGCACCAUCCCUUUAUUUCUGCUUUACUGAACUGAUUCAAUUUUUGAGCUUCCUGGAAACCACUAACUGUUACAGCACGGUUGUCUGAUUGGAUGACAUAUACACUAAAUGCUUUUUUUGUUUGUUUGAUUGACAAUCAGAUGUAAACAUUUUGUAUCUUCAAUGCAGGUCAGGACUUCAUCAUAGGGGUGCUCCACCUCGCUGAAAAUACCAUAAACAUUCAAUCUCCAUUUGACAAACGGUCUGUGUUGGUACUGAAACUACCUUUUGGCUCUCAUUUCAACAGGGUUAACUUGUAAUAUAUUGUUUUAAUUUGUAUGUCAUUACCGUCAGCAUGAUUCUUAUGCGUAAGCACUGCCUGCACAUCAGUGGGGCUUGAUGAACUGCACAGUGUGAAGAUGGUGGACUGUUGGAAAGCUGCGGACAAAUUCAAAGGAUGACACUACAAAGACAGCCUUAGCUGACUAAAAGACGGACUCUGUGGGAAAGAGUAUGCUCAUUUGGCAUCAGUCAUUAUGUGAUGCCUUUGUAUUCAUCAGUGUUAAAUAGUCAAUAAAUAUAAGCAAAACUUGCAGCAGCAGUUUUGUCCUCACAGACAGUAAUCUUGUGAACAGUGGCCAUCCUGCAAUGCUAAAAAUAAUGAAAGCCAAUUUUUUGUGUGGAACCAGACUCACUUAAAUCGUUCAAAAUUUUGGAAAAGUGCCAAUUUUGAUUAAAGAGAAGGUUCAAUGGAGUCAAAUAUGGCACUUUUGGUGGUAAAGUUAAAUACAGGGCUGGGAAAAGUGUCUGAUUUUUUAGAUCAAAUGUGGUUUAUAAUUUUAAUCGAUUUACCUUUUCCCUCUUAAAACUACUUUGAACAGAAAAGGAAGUUUUUUAACCCCUAGAAAAAGGAUUCACCUUUGGUCAUUAGGCAAGUGAGCUUUGCAGAGCCAAAUUGUCAUUGAUAAAAUGCACAGUCAAACUCAUGUGAGCCUACAUGGUUCACCUGGUCCAUAUGCCUGUUAAAGUGGAUUAAAACCAAAUCCCCUAUAGCUCUUAUAUAAAAUUCUUGCGUGUACAGUAAUACAUGGGCAGCGCAACUUCAGCUUGACACUUUUUUCAGCAUACCUAUAUUCAAAAGUUUUUGUUUUUUUAAGUUGUAUUUUUCUGACUUUGAUUCUUUUAAUCUGAGAGGAUGUGACAGAAGAUAGAGCAGAAAACCAGAAGCAAAUUGUUGGUAGUGGCCUGCGUAUAUGUGUGUAUAUGUCACAUGUAACAUGACUGCAUCAGCUACAGUAUGCUCCAUAAUAUUCCACUUUUGAAAUAUCUGAGCUGUACCUUUGAGCUAAAGGACUAGAGAGUGUUGAUGCAUGACUCUUGAACUGGAGCCAGAGGGCAAUAAGCUGAGCUUAGGUUGAAGACUGAAGGAAGGAGGAGUCUUCUGUCCAAAUACAGCCUGUUUUUACAGUGCUAAUAAAAUGGUUCUUCAUUUUGUAGGAUUCACUCACUUCCCUUUUAUCUGAGAAAAGAUUAACACCAGAAAUAAAGCCAAGUGUUUCUUUUUAUUUAGUUGACUUUAAAAAGCAGGCAUAGCUUCAUUGGGCAGAAACUUAAAAAUACUAGCAGUUGCAAACUAAUAAUUUAAAAUGUGUUUAUUUUGUUCAUAUUCAAACUGUAGUGCAAAGGCCAAGUUGCUCAGUGCCACAAGCUGGUACAUAUAAUGGAUUUCAGUUAGCUGGGUGCAGGUUUCUUUUCGCACAGUGAGGGCUACAUUUGGAAGCAUUGUGGCUGUACAGAAACUGAUAUUAAAGGAAGUAGUAUAAACAAAGAGUUAGUUUCUGCACUGAGGUUGGAGGUGGAUGAUACUAUUGUUGCAGACAAAUAAAUAAUCCCAACAUGCCUCGAAGAACUCCCCCUUGAACCACAACUCUGUUAUUUUUUUUUAACAUUGCUGCUCAAGUUUUGAUUAAAAACAAGCUGCAGAAAGCAAGCGCUGUAGAGUUGUAUAUGCUCACACAGGUUGGGACAUAUUGCUACUUUUCGUCAACUUACUUUCCAAAAUGUUGAACUGUACUUUAAGACAGUUUUCUUUUUUUAUGUUGUUCACAGAAAUGAUUAAUCUAAUUCACUUGCAGGGCCUCUGUAACAGAAAACAACAGCAGAUCCACAACCUGCAUGACCGUACAUGGCACAAACCUCUAAGCUCUUGAUCCCCAUGGUCACAGCUUUACUAAAUAAAUGUCAUUUAUUUUAUAUAUUCUGUAUGAGGUAUAUGCCUUCAUUUGAUGUGACAUUAUUGAUUGGUUUUCAAAAUAAAUAGAUGUACAAUGAUCAAUGGCA